AUGGGCGCCUGGGACAAAACCCGGGCGCUGCGAAACUGCGGAGACAUUCAGUGUCGCGAGGACCGGCGAUGCUGCCCGCCACGUAACAGCAGUGCAGACGCUGCUCAGCCACGCGCAUUCUUCGACAGUCUGGACUGGAUCACGCGCAAACUCUCCGGGCUUUUGAUCCUGCUGUUGCUGUUCGCCGUGGGCUACUUCAUCCAGCGCAUCGUCUGCCCGAGACCGCGUCGCCAGGGCGACGGCCAGCAGGAGCCAACUUUCCUAGGUGGAGGCGCCGCGACGUCCCGGGACAACUUGCUGGAAAACGACAGCCAGCACAGCAUCGACAGCAUCGCCUCGCCGGUCCUGUUGCCGGCGUACGACGAGGUGAAAGACUUGCCAACGUACGAGGAGACCAUGCAGGAGGCGCGCGGACGACACGCGGCGCCGGCGGGACUCCCUCCUGUUCAACUUCAACACUCCUUCCAUCCACUCUCCACAUCUCGAACGCCCUUUGGAUAAGCAUAAUGUGAGUUAUGGCAGGAAUAUAGUUAAUUGUUUAUUUAGUCAUGAACGUGCAGUGACAAGCCAACCGACCAUUUUAGCAGCUGACACACUUUCUCCAUUGUAAUUAAGGUCACAUGGUAAUUUUGUCAGGAUCCUGGCAACUUGAUGGUGGUCCUGGAGAAAAUACAUUCAGCGAAGAAAGUAGUGCGUAAUUGUGAUCUAUUUAGGCCCAUGUGUGCAACGAAUUUAACUGGAAUACUGCCUUUUAGCUUUAGGUUUUGCCAUCUACUUUGACUUCAUGCCAUGCUGUAUAAUACCCAUUAUUUAAGCGUGUUCUUGUAUUUAAAAAAA